UCUCCCCGCGAGUGUGACGUGAGCGCACAUACUCGUGCUGGGCGGGACAAAUGUUGCGGUCACCCCCUUAACUGGGCAAACUUUUCGCAACUUUAGUAAAGUUGACCAAGAGGCCAGUACGUGGUGGCAGGGGAAGAGAGAAAUCCGAGGCGCGCGUAUUUUGUAGCAACUUUGUAUGAUUUUGACAUUUAUUUCGCCUCUGCGUACGUGGAAAAGCGAAGUCCCAUAAUAAAAGCCUGACUCGGACCCGGCAACGCGCUACCGCGACGAUGGCAGGUUUUCCCUGAGACACCCUGGUUUCGUGGAUUUAGGAUGUUGGUUUUGUUGUACCCCAGGUUCUGGUAAAAACGCCAAAGACAUUAACUGGUACGUGUGCGGUCUCAGUGGACAACCAGCUCACCAUGGGUCCCCUCACCACGCCUAAAAAAAGAAGGGAAGUUGGUUCUGUUGAUCCCUGGACACCGACCUCCAACCUCAAAAUGCUCAUCAGUGCUGCUAGUCCUGAGAUCAGAAACCGAGAAAAGAAGCUGUGUAUGGACAAUGAUGGGCGGGAUGGUCUUGAAUCCUCACAGGAGCCUGAAAAUGGAGAAGAGUCUGAGAGAAUGAUAAGCAGAAAAGAGAAGAGUCUGGGAUUGCUGUGUCACAAGUUCCUUGCGCGUUAUCCAGAUUACCCAAACCCAGCGCUCAACAAUGACAUUUGCCUGGAUGAUGUGGCCACUGAGCUCAAUGUGGAACGCCGACGCAUCUAUGACAUCAUGAAUGUGCUGGAGAGUCUUCACAUGGUGAGCCGCUCGGCAAAGAACCGCUACACCUGGCACGGUCGGACCAAACUGGCUCAGACUCUGGCCAUUCUGAAGCAGGUGGGCGAGGAGCAUCGUUACAGCCAGCAGAUGCAGCAGAUCCGCCAGCGCCUCGUGGACAAGGAGUUUGACUUUGACGUGGAGGAGAAGGAGAACGAGGCAGUGGUGUACUUGGAGAAUGGGGAACAGGGACAGAAAGAGCUCUUCUUUGUGGAGCUUCCAGGAGUGGAGUUCAAAGCAGCCUCUGUUAACAGCAGGAAAGACAAAUCUCUGCGUGUGAUGAGCCAAAAGUUUGUCAUGCUCUUUCUGGUGUCUAAUCCUCGUGUGGUCAGUCUGGACGUGGCUGCUAAGAUUCUGAUUGGAGAGGACCAGGCUGCAGAUCAAGACAAGAACAAGUUUAAGACCAAAGUGCGGCGGCUAUAUGAUAUAGCUAAUGUGCUGCGAAGCCUGAAGCUUAUUGAGAAAGUUCACGUGACGGAAGAGAGGGGGAGGAAGCCGGCGUUUGAAUGGGUCGGUCCUGAGGAAUUCCCACAAGUCAAAGACUUGGAGAGCACCUCGUUCGAAUGCCCAUCAAAGAAGAUAAGCGUGCUUGAACCGCGUGCGUCCGUGGACAACUGUGCCAAAAAUCUCUUCUCGUCGCCCGCGACCAAACGCAGCUUCACUCGGCACCCUUCCCUCAUAAAGCUCGCCAAGAGCAUUCAAGAAGAUCGACGGAAGAUCAACUCCGCCCCCAGCAGUCCUGUAAAGAGUGAUUCCUCCAACAGUGACUUCCCAAACAAAAUGGCCCAGCUUGCUGCUAUUUGUAAGAUUGAACUCGACCAGGAGUCAUCGACUGGAGAUGAAGGCCUAAAGCCUGCUGCUGCUGAGGCAAACACAGGUUAUGUGUUACAGCUACCCACUUCUACCCCAGGGGAAUCGUUUCAGACACCAUUGCAAACUCCAACUCAGGAGCCUGGAGUCAACACUACUGCUAACCUGACCCCACACACCCUGCUGGCAUCACAUCCCACAGGGUCCGUCGCCUACAUCCCUGCACAGUGUUCGCCCCUGAUCCCUGUCCUGUUACCUCAGCAUCAAGGAAGUGGGCCCUAUGCUGUGUAUUUGAACCCUUCUCUCAGGUCAAACCCUCUGGUCAGGCCACAACCAACUAGUCUGGCAGUGCGCUCUAUGACCUUUGAAGAUAAGACUGGGCAGAGCCCAAAUGGCCAGUCUGCAGCUAAGAGCGGCGUAACCUCCAGGGAGUCUGUCAGUCCCUCGGGGGUCAAACGGCUGCGUUCAGACUCAGUGUCCGAACAUAGCCCCUCUAAAGCUAAGAGGUCUGACCCCAGCUUUAAGGACACCUCUCCAAAGCUCUGUGAGAUCCUGCAGGCCCGUCUAAAGGCUCGUCGUGAGCUCACCAGUCGGCCCUCGCCACGCGCCCUCCACCUGGACCCGGAGUUUGUCAAUACUCCCGGUGUAGCUGUAGCCAAUCAGACACUAGAGCAGAGCUUGGAACUCUUACUGGACAGAGAAGACAAGAUAACAAACUCUGACAACGAGGCAGGAUUAACACCAAUCAGAGCCGUAUCCCUCACACCUGGCCAACUUCACACUGAGACUUUAGUUCCCGCUGGAUACUUGAUCCCAAUCUCCCAGCAGUCCCUCAUCAGCUACAAGGACAUUCAAAGUUCAGGAGCAGAAAGCAACAAGGCCUCACCUCCCAACAUCUACCAAACACCAACUGCAGGCUCCAGACCUGCCCCAGCCCAGGAGAUUACACCAACCAACGUCCGUCUUCACAGACCCGCUAAUGUAGCCUCUCCGUACACCAGCCAGCAGGCCCAUCGCCUUCACAGCCCCAGCCCCGCCAUCUUAAACUUCACCAUGCAGAACCUCGGUCUGAUCUCCUGCUCCAGCCCAGGAAACGCAUUUGCUACCCCUCAGACUCCGGAGCAUGCCAACACCCUGCCCAGUCCGCUGCCGAGCCCUCUGACUCUGCAGCAGAGGGGCAUGCUGUUCAUCAAACCUCUAUCCCCUGUGCCUGUUCAGCAGGCUGUAUCCCCAUAUCCAGUGGCCAUGAUCAGUGUACAACAGCCCCUGAUGGCCACCCCUAAAGGGAGUGGAGUCCCCCAGCACAGCUUCUUUCACACACCAGUCCCCCUCUCACCUCUGGCUACUGUAGUAACCACAGCUGGACACUCGUCCACUAAAACUGUGCACAUCCCUCAGAGAAAGCUGGACGUUACCGAGGACUCCUGAGGACUCUGAAGGAAGCCCUCUCAUCUCAGAGUGCAUAAUGUGUGUAUGGGUGUUAUGUUGUGGGUGGAUGGGUGUCUUAUUUUUUAUGUUUUUAUUUUUUUUAUUAUUUUUUUUUCCCCCCUUUUUAGCCUGUUUUAGCAUUUUUACAGUAUUCGUUACCUCUGAGAAUUUCACAGCAGCCUCACUGUCUUCAUUCUUAUCACAGCCAGCUCUAUAAAUAACUGCCAUGCAGACUCUGGCUGUGCCUCAGUGAGUGCACGGAAAUUAGAUUUUAAAAACAGGUUUACCUGAUAUUCAUGAACACUAUUGUCAUGCUCAUUGUGCACUUGGUGCGAUCUCUUUUCCAGGAGCAGAAUGGCAACUAUCUACGGAGAGUAUGUUGAGAUGAUGAGAUCACUUUUGCACAUACAGCAUGCACAUGUUAACUGUUACCCCUUGAAUGGAGUUAAGAAUCUGUGAAUAUUUGUGAUACUUUCUAAGAAAAAAUACAUUUUGAAUUUUAUUUAUAAGAAAAUCACAUGUUUCUGAUGUCCUGCUAAAUGUAAAACGCUUAAUAAAUUUUCAUAUGUAUUUUGUAA